AUGGUGGUGGUCGCGGUGCAGCUUCGGGAGGCGGUGAAACGGCGUCUUUCUGCCGCUGCGGAGGAAAUCUGUGAACUGUUUGAGAAAUGCAUCAGGGACUAUGAAGAGGAGACCAGGAGACAAAGAGGACAGGAGCCGGAACGGACCAAGAUCUGGGACCAGAGCCGGGAAAAAAUCUGGGACCAUGAAGAGGACACGAGGACACAGCGACUCAGUCCGGACCCUAAAGGUGGACCACUGGUCUGCAGCGAUCGGGAGACCUGGACCACGCUCCACUCUGGUUUGUGUGUGUCUGAAGACCAUGACCAGGUCUCGGUAAAGAAGGAGGAUGAAGAGGCCUGGACCCCAAUGAAGACUGUGGAGGAUCCAAUCCAGGUCCCUGUGAAGAAGGAAAACACAUGGAACUUGCACCGAAGACCCAGAACCAGACCAACACAGGUCAGAGAGUCGGUGCAUCACAGCCAGGUUCUUGUGAAGACUGGAGAGGCUUGGACCCCGAUGCAAACAGAUAGUGAAGAUAUCAAACCAAAGCAGAUCCAAGAGUUAGAGGGUCCUGUGAAGACCAAGAUCAGUUCACAAACAUGGGCUGACUGCCUGGAUCCCCAGAAGACUUCGAUGCAACUUCAGGAGGACCCAAGCCCGGUCUGUGUGAGACCUGAAGAAUGGAAGACACCACAAAAACGCAGCACCAUUCAGGUGCAGACGAGCCACGUCUCUGACGAGGAUGAAAGUCACGUGUCUGUGAAUGAGGAGAACAAAUGGACAACACGCUUGUCGGAGGACCCAAGCCAAGUCUGUGUGAGACCUGAAGACUGGACCACGACACAAAGACACAGACCCAAGCAGACGGAGGUGCAGACGGAGGUGCAGACGGUGGAGCAGACGGUGGAGCAGACGGAAGAGCAGACGGAGGAGCAGACGGAGGAGCAGACGAGCCACGUCUCUGCUGAUGAUGAUAGUCACGUCUCUGUGAAUGAGGAGAACAUGUGGACCAGGUGCUCAUCUGAGGACCAAAGCCCAGUCUGGGUGAAGGAUGAGAAUGAGGAAGUCUGGAGCCAGGUUCCAGUGAACCUGUGGACCAACACCCAGGAUCAGAGCCAGGUCUCUCUGCACAUGGGUCAGGACCAGGGUCAGGUCUCUCUGCAUAUGGGCCAGGACCAGGUCUCGGGCCCCUCAGAUGAGUCCGGCCCUGAGGCUGCAGUACCCCUGUUGGACACAGGAGGAGCUCUCCACCACUUCUGCGCUUUCUGCAACAAGUCCUUCAGAGCAGAGUCUCAGCUUCAGCGUCACCUGAGGAUCCACACGGACACCGGAGAGCGGGACCGGAGGGCGGGACCGGAGGGCGGGACCGGAGGGCGGGACCGGAGGGCGGGACCGGAGAGCGGGACCGGAGGGCGGGACCGGAGGGCGGGACCGGAGAGCGGGACCGGAGAGCGGGACCGGAGAGCGGGACCGGAGAGCGGGACCGGAGAGCGGGACCGGAGAGCGGGACCGGAGAGCGGGACCGGAGAGCGGGACCGGAGAGCGGGACCGGAGAGCGGGACCGGAGAGCGGGACCGGAGAGCGGGACCGGAGAGCGGGACCGGGACCGGAGAGCGGGACCGGGACCGGAGAGCGGGACCGGAGAGCGGGACCGGAGAGCGGGACCGGGACCGGAGAGCGAGAGCGGGACCGGGGGGCGGGGCCGGAGAGCGGGGGGGCGGGGCCGGAGAGCGGGACCGGGGGGCGGGACCGGGGGGCGGGGCCGGAGAGCGGGGCCGGAGAGCGGGGCCGGAGAGCGGGGCCGGAGAGCGGGGCCGGAGAGCGGGGCCGGAGAGCGGGGCCGGAGAGCGGGGCCGGAGAGCGGGGCCGGAGAGCGGGGCCGGAGAGCGGGGCCGGAGAGCGGGGCCGGAGAGCGGGGCCGGAGAGCGGGGCCGGAGAGACCGGCUACGGCCCAAACCCACUGGCUGCGUAAAACAGAAGAGAACAGAUGAACAGAAGCAGCCCCACUGCUCAGUACACAGACUCUGCACUCAGCGCGCAGACUCGGCACGCAGACUCGGCACGCAGACUCGGCACGCAGACUCGGCACGCAGACUCGGCACGCAGACUCGGCACGCAGACUCGGCACGCAGACGCACCACGCAGACGCACAAAAUAGAAUCCACCCUAAUUGAAAUAUGGCGACGUGUAAGAUUUGUUGUAGCUGGCGAUGAGGCCCUCUUCUCAGUUAGGCUCAGCUCUCAAACAGUAAACGGAGACAUGUCCAGUGGCGUGCUGCAGAGAAGGAGGCAGUGCCAGGUUCGACAGAACUGCAUCAAAAACCGCUCCCAGGACGUGUGUGCGCGCUGCAAGAGGGUGGUGUGCGGGCGCUGCACCGGGGUGGCCAGCGUGCUCUGCCUCAGCUGCAUAUGA